UCGCAAGUUACCAGAAGAGGAGUGAGUCGCUCGCAACUGUUUAGGAAGGCUAGCAGUUUUGGCUCUGCUUGAUCAUGACGAAGAAGGGAGGCAAGGGUUCGUUUGCUUUUCUUCCUGCAAGGAGUUAUCGUUGAGAAGAAAUAGACUUCGUCAGAGGAUAUGGAAGGCGCCGGGGAGCCGCGCUCGGAGCUGGAGCAGCUGCAGUAUGACUGCAACAGAGUCACGGACGAGUCGCUCGAGUCUACGCGACGCAUGAUGGCGCUGUGUGAAGAGUCGAAAGAAGCCGGCAUCCGAACACUAGUGGCACUGGACGAUCAAGGAGAACAAAUCGAGCGCAUCGAGGAAGGUAUGGACCAAAUCAAUGCGGACAUGAAGGAAGCAGAGAAGAACCUGUCGGGCAUGGAGAAGUGCUGCGGCCUCUGCGUCCUGCCGUGUCAAAAAUCGUCGCAGUUCAAGGAAGAGAACGACCCCUGGAAAGACAAAGGCGAUGGUGUAGUCAACAGUCAGCCUCAACGCGUCAACGCUGGCAACGGUAGCAUGGUUCCCGGACUGCAGGUCGGCAGGAUCACGAAGGACGCGCGUGAGGAUGAGAUGGAGGAGAACCUGGGACACGUGAACACGAUGAUUGACAACCUGCGCAACAUGGCUACCGACAUGAGCUCGGAGAUCGACAACCAGAACAGACAACUUGACAGAGCCGUUGCCAAGGCGACAUCGAACGAAACAAGGAUCAAGCUGGCCAACGAGAGGACAGGAUCGCUGCUGAAGAAAGCUUAAGUUUCUCUUGCGGAAUUAAAAAUUCUUUCUGGGGUUCCUGAGAAUUGCGUGAGGACUUACCUUUACCGUAGAUUACUUGUGCUUUCAAGAGCGAAGUCUGGAGCAGAGAAGCAGCAUCAUGGAUCACUGUUUGCGAUGACGCAGCCUUACGUAAAUUACUAUAUAACGUUUUAUUAGCUGCAUCCUUGUUGCGUUCUUGCCAGUCUCGUCAGUGUUAUGUACACUAGGCUUUGUGAUGAAUGCGUUGUGGCUACGAAAAUUAUUACACAGUAACUGCUUCAAUAUAAUAAAGAGUGCUCUGAACAUAGAAAGAAAUAUAUUAUUGUAACUCUACAUAUAAUAGACAACAGACACGAAUUUUUCACGGUGAGGCACAUUGAGUUGCUUUGCAGGCUAUGGUGCAGCAACUAAAGGAAUAGUUUAGUUAUCUUGCCAGUAACAAAUGCAGAAUCUCGAAAGGAUAAUUGAUGGACGUCUAGUUCAUUGCAUUGGCCGGAGUAUGUAUCAUAAAUAUGUGCUCAAGUUGACAUAAAUUAGUUAGUGUUAAUUUGAUUACUCAUUACUAUGCGCUUGUGACAUUGAAAACCAUAUAUUUUCCUCUCAAAUUGUAUUUACGAAAUCAAUAGCGCAUAUAAUUUCAAUUAUACAAAGUUUCUUUACUUGGAACUGGCAAUCAGCAUAGCAAAAAAAAAAUCCGCUAAAAAUUUUGUUUUCAUUGCGCAAAUUACUUCAAUGCAAGUUAGAAUAUGUUGUGCGCAAACUCAAAUUGUAGACAUCCGUGCUUUUCCGGGGUUUACUCUCUCUCGUGACGCCGAUUGUAUUUUGACGGAAUUAAAACCAGUGAAGCGUGAUGCUGCAAGGAGUUGAUGCACGAAAAAAUAAAAACUGUAUUGUUCAGAAAUCAGCUUUAAACAACUUACUUAACAGAAACAUACAUCGCUUGAAACGGAUGUAAAAUCUACCAAACAGACAACAGAAAUUCAUUAAUCAGAAUUGCUUGUAAUCGUGCACUAUAACAUUUCUGAUUUCGCUAUUGAAGGUCCAUUCCUAAAACUCAUCUUUGUGAUACCGAUAUGUUCCCUUACAUUGAUCCUAAUUAAUCAUAAUACAAAAAAUUAGCUCCCGCAUAUUGAUUUAGCAUUAAGUUGCUUAGCCAACUAAGACACUUAAUAUGUCUAUAAAAAUUCGUUACGUAAACGUAUGUGUUUCGUGAGCUAUGUGCGAUUAAAAAUGUGCCGGCGAUGAAAAGUGGAGGCGCACGUUUGCUCUUACUUUUUACACUUUCCAGACACAAUCUAAAACACGAAAACAAAUAUGCAGAUGAAAGUAAAGUUGUUAUCGAAAUCCGAAUUGAAAGAAAUUGUUUAAAUUGUUGAUUUUUAUGUGCACGGUAAGUUAUUU